GGGGGUAGUUGAGGGGUUUGUUAUGGGUGGAAGAGAAGCACGGAGCUGCUGGAUGGAGAGAAUCCGGAGCAGAACUGAUGAACGAAAUGAUAAAGGAAUUGGAGUAAUGCCCUGAUUAAUGCAAGUCGCCUCCUGAGCCUAGUGUCCCAAAACUCCCCAAAUAUCUUCAGUCGUUCAAUCUUUACAAGCAUGUCUGAAGCUGAACGUUCAAUUCAAGUGCAGGAAAAAUCCAGCAAGAAGAAGAAGAAAGAUUAUCACUGUUCAGACUGUGGGAAGAGUUUUCCUAUAGAGAGUCAACUCAAGGUUCACCAGCGUUAUCACACCGGCGAGAAACCGUAUCAGUGCUCGGAUUGCGGAAAGAGCUUUACCGUACCCGGUCACCUCCAGCGACACCGGCGCGUUCACACUGGAGAGAAACCGUAUCAGUGCUCUCAGUGCGGGAAGAGUUUCAAUCAGCCGAGUAGUCUCCAAACACACCUUCGCAUUCACACAGAAGAAAAGCCGUAUUCUUGUUCAGAUUGUGGAAAAACGUUUAGAGAAGCUGGUGCUCUCAGAAAGCACCAACGCGUUCACACUGGAGAGAAACCGUAUCUCUGCCCGGACUGUGGGAUGAGUUUUACUCAGCAUUGUAAUCUCCAAUCACAUCAGCGCAUUCACACCGAAGAAAAGCCGUAUUACUGCUCAGACUGUGGGAAAACCUUCAGGGAGGGGGGUGCUCUCAAAAGGCAUCAACGUAUUCAUACUGGAGAGAAGCCGUAUCAGUGCUUAGAGUGUGGGAAAUGGUUUAAACAGCUGGGAACUCUCAACUCACACCAGCGAAUUCAUACCGGAGAGAAACCCUAUCAGUGUUCAGAGUGUGGAAAGAGUUUUACCCAACACAGUAUCCUCCGAAUUCAUCUCCACAUGCACUCUGGAGAACGGCCGUUUGAGUGUGAACACUGUGGGAAGAACUUCGCUCUACAGAAUACUCUUCAUCUCCACCAGCGAAUUCAUACCGGAGAGAAACCGUAUUUCUGCUCAGACUGCGGGAAGAACUUCAGACACUCAAACUCUUUAAGGACUCACCAGCGAAUUCAUACCGGAGAGAAGCUGUACCUCUGUCCGGAGUGCGGCAAGAGCUUCAACCUCCAGAGCACUCUGCAGUCUCACCUGCGCACCCACACCGAGGAGAAGCCCUACACCUGCGCCGAGUGCGGAAAAGCCUUCCGCGAGGGGAGUAACCUCCGGAGACACGAGCGAAUUCAUACCGGAGAGAAACCGUAUCAGUGCUCUGACUGCGGCAAGAGCUUCAAUCAGCUGGGGUCCCUCCAGACGCACCAGAGAAUUCACACCGGAGAGAAACCGUUUCACUGCUUACAGUGCGGGAGGAAGUUCACCCGACAGAACGACCUCCAACAGCACCAACUCCUCCACAGCGGAGAGAAACCGUACCAGUGCCCGAACUGCGGCAAGAGGUUCACUCGACACAAUCACCUCCAGAAACACCUGCUGGUUCACACCGGAGAGAAACCGACCGCCUGCUCGGACUGCGGCAAGGCGUUCACCGACAGCACCGCCCUCAAAAGACACCAGCUCACUCACACCGGAGAGAAACCAUAUCACUGCUCGGACUGCGGGAAAAACUUCAACCAGCUGAGCAUCCUCCGGAUUCACCAGCGCAUUCACACCGGAGAGAAACCGUAUCACUGUCCGGUUUGUGGGAUACGUUUCAGACAUUCAAACUCUUUAAAGAGACACAAAUGCAUCAAGAUCGAGGAAGAACCGUGGGAGACGGUAGUUAUCAAAUAGUGCAACGUGCAAGAUCAGAUUCACAAUGCGUGUUCACAUUACCAGGCUGAAGUGACUUUAAAUCUGAUUUUUUGCUCAAUGUGGCUCAGACCUGAUUUUUGUAUGAACAUAUAUACAGUAUAAAUGACAGACUAUUGCACAUGCUCUGAGUAGCUUAAGAUAUUUUACAAAAUAUAUAUGUAGAAAGUGCGCAUUGAAAAGUGUGUUUUUGUGUUUUGUUAUGUUAUACAUCACCAUGCAACAACUCUGCUUCCACCAUGGAUGUUCGGCAAACAAUGUAAAAUCACAAAUAACACAAACUCAAAAUUGUGCAAAUAUUAUUGUACCUGACCGACUUUAAACUUGCACGUUCUAAGAAUUGAAACUUUGACUCUAAUGAUAAAAAAAUAACCCUCUGGUAAAAUAUGUUCUAAAGUUACAGGUUAUUUGUAAGUUUUCUGUGCACUUUGUGUGAUCUUACAUUUUAACACUUAUUUGACUUGCAUGUUUAAAUAUGCAUAUAUUUUUAAAUCCUGUAAAUAUUGUUUUUUUUCUUUACAUCCAUUUAUUGCUCACUUUUAUUUUAUAUAAUUUAGUAAUAAUGAUUUUUUUUAAAGAGUAGACAUCUCUUUAGCUUUUUCUAUAAACCUGUUUUGUUACUAGUUUUCAUAUUGAUCUGUAAAUGUGAUCUUCCAUCUACUUUAAUCCGACACUUUAAACCCUGCAGAAGAUCAGGUGGAUUUAUCUGAAAUAAAUGUGAUAAUGUAAAAGCCUCAUCAGUCAUGAUUCUUUAAAUGUUGAGUCAGAUUAACACUUGUUAUCAGGGAUGUUUCUGUAUCUAAACAUCUCUGCAAUGUUGCUCUUGGUAUCUAAUUAUUGGAAUAAACCUGUUUUUGCCUGAUGAACAA